AUGCGUUCUAUACGCUUGUGCGCGCUUCUGUUGUUUUUUACGACCACGGAUGCAGCUCAGUGCGCCGCGCCGCCACUCGAGCUCCCGCUUCGCUCGCUUUCGGUUGCUCCUGGAACUAUUUCCCGUGGCAUACCCAUUUCGAUUGGCACACCGCCGCAACAAAUCGUCCUUUCGCCGUCGCUUCAGCUCGACACGCCGUUCAUCCCGCGCUAUACCAAGUCUUGCAUAUAUGGCGCCAACACACCCAUACCGGCCAAUGACACAAGAUGGGAGGGUCAAGAUGAAAAGGCAGUAUGUGCAGGCAUAUACGGGGGAGGCUUUGUCCCGAGCUUGUCAAAGACGUUUUACGACAAUGGAACCAAUAGUCCAGUCAGUGAGAUCUGGUUCAAGAGAGCUCGGUUCUCGGAGUGGCAUUUCGUAACCGAUGAGUUCGUGUUUGCGGAUUACUUAGAGGCGUAUGUGCAGCAAACCGAGGUUUUGCCUAAGAAGCGAUAUGCGAACACUUCUUUCGUAUUGGCAGACGAAGGGGCGACAUUUGGAGGUUUGAGCAGCUCGGCGUUGAGUUUGACGCCAGCAUCGAGGAUGCUGGAGACGCUGUACCAGGGAGGUAUGGUCGCAAGCAAGAGUUGGAGUUUAUCGAACGAGAGCUUGUGUUUGGGGUGCAUCGACGGAAAUGCAUACACUGGAGAGUUCCGAGAUGUCAGACCCGCGACUCGUGAACGAGGCGGACUUUCAUGCUUGCUGCAAGUGAAAGUCGAGUCGCUCGACUAUCACGCUGACGCUACCAAUGCGGGUGUGGCGCUGAUUGACACUGCGUAUGUUACUUGUGUCGAACCUGGUGUACCAUUUCUGGUUCUCCCAACGGAUGUACGCACCAAACUACCUGGGAAGGUUACUGCUGGUAUUGAAACAGCUCUGGGCCACAACAGCUUCUUGAGAUUCAGGAUUGAGGGCGGUCUAGAAGUGGACGUUGUAAUGGAAGAAAUUGGAGGAAGUGACACUAAGAUCAUCGGCGAACAGAUCAUCUCACUACAAACCGGCAGUUGGGGUGCAUACGGGGAAGGGAUACCUGUGCUAGGCAGACCAUUCACUAAGAGCAUCGUUCUGCGCUGGGAUGAAACAUCACAGCAGUACGGCUUAGCGAAGAAGACCCCCAAAGCGGACGAGAAGACAGAACUGAAGCCAUUAGGCUGUGAUGACUUUCCUUCCAUCAGCAAGUCAGUGGAGACCACGCCCAGUAUAGGCGUCAUCGUUGGCUCUAUCAUUGGAGGAUUUGUAGCAGGGCUCAUAUUUACGAUGGCUGCAGUAUUCUUCUACUGGAGGGGGCAUAGAGGCGUGAAGAGCAAAUAUGAGGCCAUGCGUGGCGACGACGCAGUCUCACUCCGAGCAGUCGAUCUUGGAGGGCGUACGCUCGAGUCUCGGAUGAGUAACGCGUCGAGCGUGCCAGCACCAAGUUUCAGAGAGUCAUUACGUUCACACUUCAGCCAAAGAUCGGUUUCCCCCCAAAGAGCCGUAUCUCACCAACGAUAG